AGGAAAUCAAAACCCAGAAACAAAGAUGGACGACAAAGAAGAUACAUACAGAGUCGGCGAAAUCGAGGAAUCGGACCCGAAAUCCGACUGGUCAUCCCGGAACCCGAAUCUGAAAAGCGCGAGGAUGAAGGUUCCAGAAGGUGUGGUCUACUUGUAUCGGCGAGGCAAAGGCCCGAUCGACACGUUCAGGACGAGCCUCGGGUGUUGGGACCAGAACUAGUUGGAGGUCCGAGACAUUCUCGACAAGUACGGCUUCAAAUCGCUUUACGCUUUCAAUACCGGCUCGGGUCGCGGCGUUCCGAUCCGGUUUAACCCCAGGAACGGCAGGUCUAUGCUGGCUUAUAAAUAUGGAUCUACAUUUCACAUUGACGGAGAGCCCAAGGAUUCCUUGAUCCAACCGGUGACAAAAAUCUUGCUUGGAGUAGCUGUUAUAACCGUCUUGAUAACCUUGGUUUUGAGAGAUCCUCCACAGUGGGUCCAAAAAUUGAACAUUUCUGGCUUGAAUUUUCCUCCUUGGAUCAUUGCUCUGGUGGUAAUAGUUUUUACUCGGAUGAGGAAGAGAACCGGAGAUUUGCUGAAAAAGUAUGGUUGGUGAAAGGCGCCAUUGAUGCUUUCCUUUGUAAGGCCUU